AUGGGCGAGGAAUACCCCUCUGAGGAGAAGACAGAACCGUUUUCUGAAUCAGAGGUUCUCCUGCGCCUUCAGAGACGCGUGCAUGUCGAGGAGAGUUUCGAGAGUAUCGAAGAUGACACAGUCCCGCUGGAUGAUCUGAUAAUCGACGACAACCACCACAAGCAAGGAAUACGCAUAUUGGUCAGGCCGUUGACUCGCAGCCGCUCAGUCAGUCCUGGCAGUGACAAUUGCGAAUGGCUAGCACUUCGUGCUGAAGUGGCCGACGCGCAAAGACCAAAGUCCAGGGUCUUGGCGGUGACUCAGACUUCCAAGGAUAUCAACUUUUCACUAAGGGUACCUGGAGAGACUGGUGCAGAGGAAACUCGACCACCCAUAUGGUGUGAACUCUACUAUGAUCCUGCUAGUGACAAUCAGAUACUCCUCAACAGAUCAGACGUGCCCAUUGCUUUGGCAAGGAUAUCACCUGCAUCUGACAAUGAUAAUACAAGCUUUGACCAAGAGGUCGUCCCCGGAACUACCAUGGAAUUGUCGCCAGGCUCUUGGAGGAUAAGUCUGUAUGGGACAGAUAUCCUCGACUUCAGGAUAUUGGCUAAACGCCCUGCUGCUCUGUGGUUACCCGGUGGGGAGUCCGACCUUGCAUCAUUUAUUACCAGCAAUGCUGAGAUCAACUCCUCAGGGAAGCGGUCAAUUACCUCCCUUGAGAGGGCAGAUUCAAAUGGGAAACGGAUCCGCACGGAGGAAUCGGUCGACAAGGACGAUAGCGAUGGUGUGAUCAUGUUCUAUCCUCGCCCAGCCGCUGAUCCGUUGGUGUUCCCAUUGCCACACGCAGGCAAAGGAAAGGAAGUCACCAUACCGUCGGGCCACGCGCUCUUGCAAAUACAACGCGAUGAGACCGUCGCCAUUCCAGGAGGUUACGAGCUUGAUCAAUACCAACUAACGAAGCGCGACCAAAUAGCAACUACCGCUGCUUCCUCCGUGUUCACGGCAGACCAUUCUCAGGUUCCAGAGGGAGUCAUCACAGUUAAAGUUCUCAAGACCCGUGGCAACAACCCAAAUGCUAAGCCUCAGGACAACCAUAGGAACGUCAUCCGCCAAGCUGACAUCUGGCUACGCGAGUAUCGAAGCCAAGAAGACUUGAAACACGAGUCCAUUGUGAGACUUUAUGGAGGCGAUGCACGAUACUUGUCACUAUACAUGGAGCACAUCGACGGGAAGGACUUGGCUGCACGUGGAGUCUGGCGACAUUCGGCAAGCGAUCAGUUUCUCGGUGACAGGAACGACGCCAUCAGAAUCUUGAAGGAUAUUUCCGGCGCUCUGAAUUACGUGCAUCAGCGCAAACGGGUACACAACGACAUCAAACCAGCCAAUAUCCUGUAUUCUCGUGACCGUGGUGCUGUACUAUGCGACUUUGGUCUAUCCACCCGUAACGUCGAUCCGGCGACAAACGGUGGCACGCCGUAUUACGUGCCACCCGAGUUCAUUGGGCAGAGGCUCCGCGGUAGCCCGUCCGACGUAUGGGCAUUAGGUGUGACGAUGCUCUAUUUGCUCAACAAGCUCACGUUUCCCGAUGCUCGCGGCCGUCAGGGACAUCCAAAACAGUUGUACUGGAUGAUUGCGGACAUCAACAGGAGAACGCACCACCAUCACACGGCCAGUAAGGGACCCUCUGCAGUGUCGCAGAUGCAGCAAUGGCUGAACGAGGUUAAUGAGGCAAAGGCGAAGCUUAAUCCGAAGGACAAACUCCAUUUUUUGGUUUCACAGAUGUUGACAUUCAGUCCAAACCAGCGUAUCAAUAUGGCCAAGGUAAUUAGUGAGCUGCGAGUGACGAAUUGA